AUGUUCUACCCAAUAGGAUUUGCUAUAUCGCUCAUUUAUUUUGUCUACUGUAAUGCAAAAGAGUGCAAAGAUGAAUCUAACUUUUGUAAUAUUACGGCAAUCGAUAUUUGCUCUUCAACAAAAACUAACAAAUUUUGCCUUGCAACAUGUGGUUUAUGUGAUGAUGAUAUCACUACUGAUAAUAAUGAUAUCACUACUGUUACUCCAACUGAAGAAUGUUCGGAUCGAUGGAUAAAUUGUACAAAGCUUAAAAAAGUUGAUGCAUGUAAAAAAAAUUCAAAUAUUGCAAAAAUUUAUUGCUAUAAAACAUGUAGCAAUUGUACAGCUAUAAUAUCUCCUACAACAAAGCCAAAUAUUGCAACGCAAACUAAUUCUUUGCUUACAAUUAUUUCUUGUAUUUUAAUUUUUGCUACAAUGAAAAUUAUAAUUUAA